UACAGUGACUUCAGGGCCGGGAAUGCCUAUAUACUAUCGCGAUAAUGUCGCGUACUGUUGCGAGAUGUUUCGUUGCAUCUCUGCGGCAGGCGGCACCGAAGCCAACGUCGCCGAGGCUCCCGCACCGUAUCGGGCUUUGAGAGCGACGCCCGGACUUCAGCUGGGGCGAGCGCAGCUGAGUCCCGCUACAAGACCGCGGCGACGACCACCAGAACCACCAAAGCCAGCACGCGUGCCAUGACGGCAAGGAGCGCAACCUCGCCGUCGUCUUUGUCCUCCUCGUCCGAGACUGCGCACGUGAUCCGCAUGAUGAAGAAGCGAAACCUUCCCCAGCCACCGCCCGACAACUGGCGCUCAGCGGUGCGGUUCACCGCAGCCGUGAUCCUCUCGGGCACCUUAUUUUCGCUCGUCAUGGUGCUCGGCUACAUCUUCGAGACGACCAUGCUUCUCCCCUGGGACAACAUUAACACGAAUGACGUCACACGUCCUAAUGGUCUCGAGAAAGGAGUAACCGUGGCGGUGGCUUACGACAUGAACCACACCGCACUUUAAUUCUCCGGAGCCAACGACACUUGUCAAGCCUGAGGGCCUUCUGAACUAUGACGACCAAGAAGAGGGAGACACGGCGGUGCUGCUGUGACAAGCCGGAGUUGUUCGGCCGACAUAGCGUGUUCAUGAACUCUAUUGAUAUUCGAUAUUUCUGCCAGGUGAUAGGCGACUACGUAGUGCGUUAACGCAUCGAAACUGUCGCAGCGAAGUUGCUGAAUGUGCUCCAUGAAUUGUCUUACAGGUGGAAAGAAAACUGAAAAACGGGACGUAUUGUGAAGCGCAGUUUCUGAAGUUGUCUUCUGUAUUCUGACAUACGCAGACAACCUGUGGGAAUUACGUAUAUUUUAAGGCUUUUUCAACGUGGCUCUGCUUACAGCA